UCAUUACAUAGCAGGUCGCACACUGGCAAAGGUGACGGGCACAUUCUAUCUUCUUUAACGAUAGUACAGUGUAGUUCCUAUGGACGCGGUAGUGUAAGACAUAGCGUUACAGUUUCAGUAGUACCGCUAUUUGUAAUUUACUAUGUAAAAGACAACCUGUACACAUCUGGAGGAUGGUUAAUUUCACUGCUACACGUCUAGUGGCUUUGUUGUUGAUUUCUGUAGUUAGUGGAAUCUUUUUAGAGGAUAUGUACCCCUACCCACACAACGGAAUAGCAGGAGCUGAGGAUCAGCUGUUAGGGCCAACACUUGAUGGAAGUUCUCCUGUCAUCGAUUUCAACUUUACGUUUUUCAACAGUUCUUAUGACACGAUUUACGUUAAUAAUAACGGACAUCUUUCUUUCACUGGACAAUAUGGCCAAUACAUUCCCCAACCGUUUCCAAACACUGUUCCAUUGAUCGCGCUGUUUUGGAUGGAUGUCGACACUGGCACAACCGGCGAGGUUUGGUACAAGCUCACAAAUGACUCUGCUCUCCUCACUCGCGCCAAAGCUGACAUUGCAAACUACUAUGACAAUCAAACUACUUUCCAACCGACCGACGUUUUUACAGCAACAUGGCUAGACGUUCCAUACUGGUUGGCAGCUGGAGACGAUGCGACGAAGAGGAAUACUUUCCAGGUAAUACUAGUGUCGGAUGGAAUCAAAUCCUUUGCAAUGUUCCAUUACCAGACCAUAGAAUGGGCCGGGUAUGCGAAUGGCAGUACAAAAGCUAUGGUUGGAUUUAAUGCUGGAGACAAUGUAACUAGCUACACCUUGAACAAUUCUAAUUACGAUGACAUCAUCAACCUUGAAUACAGAUCUAACAUUGGUGUUCCUGGAAAGUUCAUCUUCCGAGUUGACGGGAACAGCAAUAUUAGAGGCUGGUGAUGAUAUACUAAUCGGUACGUAAAUCAGUAUGCUAUUGUCACGAUAAAUUUGUUCAGAUACUUUAAAUAGAUAUAUGAUACUUGUUUCUGUAUAGUAAUUUCAUUUACAAAGUAUUUGAAUUUAUUUGUUUUCCAUACAAAUUCAUUGACUCAAUCUUUCAACAGUUUUCAACAAUUUUUUUAUCCAUGGAAAAUAAGUUAAUUUUAAAACCUUGAAAGAAAACAGACAAAAUUUCAACCAGUUCGCGGUUUUUGUGAAAAAAUACAUAUUUUGUAAAAACACAAAAAUUUGAACCAGAGAAGAAAACCACCUAUACAUUUGUGUUAAUUGAUUAAUUAAAUAAAAACAACACUCAUUUGUUACUUAUACAUAGAGGUUAUUUAAUAGUUUGCCGUUUAAUAUCAAAAAUAUUUCACGAAUAAUGGAAAUACCUGACAUACGAGUGAAAUAUUUUUGAUAUUAAUCGGCAAACAAUUGAAAUUUCUUUUUAUUACAUUUCGAAUGAGGCCUUUAAAUGCUUCUAUUGAUUUGUUUUCUAACAAGGAAAAGGGGGUAAUGGGGGAGUUCGAUCAAAGGAAAAUAUGUUUUAUCAGUUUGAUAAUUUUCUAUAUUUCACAGGCAAAAAGAUAAUAUGUAUAUUAUAUUUGUUGACAUAAUGAUGGUGCUAUAUAUGAUAUAUAUUUUUGAUUGGUAGAUAAGCCUUAUGUACAGUCAGAUAUGAAAUUGAUAAUUGGUUGCUUAAUUUACCUUUAUUUGUGGAAACUGAAAAUGAUUUAUUUGUUUUAUAUUCACCAUUAUUUGUAUGACAUGUUGCCAAUGGCUAAUAUCUAACGCUUAUUAAUUUUACAACAAACAAGGUAAGCUUCAGUUAUUUUGCUCCUAAAUAUUUAUGGCUAAGCUUCAUAUGAAUAAGUAUGAUAUAUAUUUGUUAUUCUUAAUCAGUAUUAAUUUUAAUUUUAUUUUUGUGUAUGUAAUAAAGCUAUACAUUAUAAAAUUUAUUAAUGUUUAUUGCACAAAUCUGACAUUGUAUGAAUUAAAUUGUUACUAUUUGAUGUAUUCAGUUUUUAUUGUAUAUUACUUCGUUAUUUUAUUGAAUUACUACAUAUGUGUAUGUUAAGUAUUGGUAAAUACAUAUAUAUAUACAAAAUAAUGAUAAUAAUAUACGAUAAUGUUUUCAAAUCUCGAUUAUUUACAUUUGAUCUCUGAUAACUAAUUCAUAACUUUACAUGCUGUAUUCAAAUUCUCAUGCUGAUAUAAGUGAAACAUAUCUAUAUGUGCGUACAUGUGUAUAUCUUAUUGAAAGUGAAAAACAAAUCAAAUGAUAUCAUAUUUCUUUUAUAGUAUUUGAUAAUAUACAUGUAGGUAAAUAAAUUGCAAUCAUAGUAAUUGUCCUUGUAUCUGCAUUGAUGUAUACUGUUAAUUACAAAUCAAACAUCUAUAAUUUGUAUACAAAAACACAUGGUACAACACACUGCCAGGAUUGGAGUGCAAACCCGGACAACAACUGGUACACAUUUACAUUGGUUUAAUACAUCGUAACAAACAUCUAACUAUAAGGAAGGAACUGGGACCGGCUCAUGGAAGCUGAGGACAAACAAUGCUUCCAGCGACAAAUAUAAUUACUCAGUAGGCGUCUAUGAUGUGGUACCUGUUGACUGUGACGAUUUAUUGUACAGUCAAUAAUGUCCCGGGCAACUUUCAAAGGCACAUAUAGAUUUUGGUCACAUAAGACAGGGAGUCCUCUACCACAGACCAGAUGUUUACAAUGUUACCAACUCUACGUGUGUAUAUACAUGCAAAUAUACAAAUGUAUAUAUUGAAGAAAACUGUACUGGUGUCGUAUUUUUAAGAUAUUUACUGAUUAAAAGAGAAUAAAAUAAUCAAUUAAAAUUGUGCUGAAUAAUUAAAUUACUUGUAUUAAAUUAUUUCCCUUUUAUUUACGUGUGAACAUUAUUUAUUAAAUUGUACUUCCAACUACAUUGUGUUAAGGUUCAUGAAUGAUGAAACUUCUCAAGUCUAAAUAUUAUCAAUAAAACAUUAAAACACAGAUAUUGAAAGAAGUCGGCAGGUCUGGUAAGGGACAUACUUCAUUGAUUAGCUACGUGUAUGGUCAAAUCAAUAUCUAUAGGUGCCCUAAUUAGCGAUGUGAAAUAUUAAUGGUGUCGAAGAACUCUAUCGCUAGAUAUUAGUGCUGAUAUCUGUGUUAGACCUAAUUUAACUGACAUACACGUAUAUUACAUAUUACAGUAGGCUUUCGUUAACAACGUAUUGUAUGUCAUUGUCAACCCAUCAGAAAGUUUUUCUACAGGAACACCCUGAAAGUGUAUAGCCUUUAAUGACGUUAAUUUUCUCCUUUACUACUAAGACGUCAUGGAUAUGUUAACAAAUUAACCUGACAUUGGCUUGUAUAAUUUGCCCGAUACAUUCGUUAAGAUUUAUUAAAAAACAAAGUUCAUCAACUAUAAUUUCUUUGAAUGAGAAAUCUCUGAAAAAAAAACAAACCCGGUUUUGAUCUAUUUCUAAUUCAUUUUGGCUCUAAUGUAUCUAACUAUCAAUUGGUUUUAAAGGUGCUUAUAUAAUAUUUCGUACACAUCGCCUAGAAUAAAUUCAACUCUUGUAAAGCAUUUAAGGAAAUGCAUAAUUAAACACAUAUUUAAUUCAACCACAAACUGAUUUUUACAUGUUGAUAUGCCUAGUGGUUCGUUGCCACUACUCUAGUUCCUAUUUUGAGUUGGACUUGUGGUUCCAUUAUUAUAUAUAUUUAAUUCAACCAGAAACUGAUUUUUAAAUGUUGAUAUGUCUAGUGGUUCGUUGCCACUACUCUAGUUCCUAUUUUAAGUUGGACUUGUGGUUUCGUUAUUAUAUCGGUAGCUGGUUGGAAGGCUAGAUCAGGAGGAGAUAAUGGAUAUUUAUGUUGGACACCCUUGGGUUGAUAUAUUCAGGACUUGCUGCCAUUCCAACACCCCAACAAAAGCUAAAUGUAAUAUUUCUUUGAAACUGCAACAAACUAAAAUAAAUGUAUUACCUCCCUUUAACCAGUAACAGCUUAUUGACAAAUCUACAUCGUAUCACAGGCGUCUGAUUGAAGAAUAAUAGUGAUUGAAAUUAAACGUUAUUAAGAUUUUCAAGUUUGUCUAUAAUUGUCUUAUUAGACAUUAUAAAGAACUCUUGAAAUGGCAAGAAGACUGCUGUUAGAAAAGUCCAACGGCUGAGUUUUGAGCAAAAUAUGCCUAUUUCUGAAAAAGGCCUCACUAUAUACAAUAUAUGCGACAAUUAUACUAAAGAAUGUUUUAGAUUUGUUAACUAAUAUGAUUACCCCCCUGUUCAUACCACUCUAACAUAUACAGACUAUUUCCGUUCCACAAUCACUUUUGAUCCAUCUUCUCUACAAAUCAUUAUCAUACGACAUACGAAUAACAGGUAUUGAUAUUUAAGGAUUAGAAACCAAAGAACGUCACUGAGAUUUACGUGAAUAAAGUAUGAGUAGGUCCAGAAGGAGACACCUGUGAUCAUAUGUAUAUAUUUAUCUGCAUCAAUUUGUUCUAUUUAUUUAAAUUUAUAUUCAUCUAUUUAUAGAUUAAGUCGGCCACAUGAUAUAUUAUCAUACUUAUAUACCACAAAAUUUGUUGAAAUACGAUUCUGAAAAUCACAUUUUAUGCAGUGAUUAAGAAACACACGAGAAGAUACUUUCCAAUUAAAAACAAAAGGCAAACUUAUCUAAUGAAUCACUUAUGAGAUUAAUUGUUUUUUUAUAUUUUAAGUACGUGCAGAAUAUGUCUUUAUCUUCGAUCACUGUCCCAGUGAACAAUUGUAAUCUUCGACCAAAUUCAAUACAUCACGAAUAAAUAUAUACAUAUACAAUAUACAAAAUGCCCAUAUUUGAAUAUAAAUCAAACAAUUCUAUUUUGAUAUCGCCAUGUUUACCAGCUUGAGGUCACGAUAGCAGUCCGAAAUUAGAAGACAAUAGGGUCUGAUAAACGUAAUCCAUGGCUGAUCACUGGUAUUAAUUGUUGUGGAAAUGAGUAUGAUAUUUUCAACACAUUUACUGAGUAAGAAGAUGACAUGUAUUUUAUAACAUUCAGAUACUUACUUCUAAACGCUUUAAACACAAUUCAUGGAUUUUGUUGUGAUUGA